AUGGUCUCCAAUCGUUACAAAGACACCAUCCCCCUCGACCUCGACCUCGACACCUCCCUCGCCCCCUCCCAGCUCGCAACGCUAUCGACAAUCAUCACCCACCGCACAAUCCGCAGCUUCCACAACACCCCUCUCCCCUCCUCAACCCUCCCAAUCCUCCUCGUCAGCGCCCAAAGCGCCUCGACCUCCUCAAUGCUCCAAACAUACAGCAUCCUCGCCAUCCGCGAUUCAGCACACAAGGCCGCCGUCGCCCAGCUCUCGGGAAACCAACCCUUCCUCCACUCCGCACCCCUCUUCCUCAUCUUCUGCGCAGACCUGGCCCGAAUUGCCAGCCUCGUGACCAAAAACAAAACACUGGGGAAGCCACUCGAGAAGUUUGACAUGCUGCUUACAGCGAGCAUCGGCACCUCGAUCGCGGGACAGAAUGCGGCUAUUGCCGCUGAGGCGCUGGGGCUGGGGAUAAGCUAUGUCGGCGGGGUACGGAAUCAUGCUGCGGAAUUGUCGGAGCUACUUCGCCUCCCGCCACGCGUCUUUUCGCUGUUUGGGAUUGCGGUUGGGUAUGCGGAUACUUCUGUGGAGGAGGGGGUGAAGCCGCGAUUGCCGAUGAGCGAGAUGUUGCAUCUGGAGACGUGGGAUGAUAGCGAGCAGGAGCGGAAUGUGGAGAGAUAUGAUGAGGUACUCGGGAGGCAUUAUCAUCGGUAUUUGAAUGUUGGACGCAACCAUUGGAGUGAGUUUGUGGCGCGGUGGCAUGCGGAUGGGGGCUUGGAGGGGAGGGAGCACGUUAGGGGGGUCUUGGAGGGGCAGGGGUUUGGGUUGGAAUAGGCUUACAGGGUGUGGAUAUUUUAUUGCUGUGUUCUUUGUUUAUUCGUUCUUGUACCAUAGGUUGAGUUAUGGUGUGGGAGACAGAGUUUGCGGGUUAGUAGGGUUUUUCAUAUGCAAAAUGAAAUCUGGAGAGGAAAGCACCGCCAGUUGGAGGUUCCUGUUUUGCACGGAACCCAAAGAGGAAGGAGCGGUUGAUGGCCCAGGCCCAGGGUCGCUCUUUCCUCAUUUUCCAAAAUGAAUUCAAAAGGGAAGGCACGAAGGGUGGCGGUUUCCUGUGUUGUUGAAGAUCUAAAUGGAAGGAGCGGCCCAUGAGGUGCCCAAUGGCACAGGGCGAGUGCCUGCCAAAAGGAGUCAACAAUAAUUUGGCCUCUUCCAUCAUCAGCUGAAUAUACGAUAAAAGCAUGGCGCUAAGGAUUCC